CUAAGAUCACGAAAACAAUCCCCGAGCCAAGUUGAAGAGCAAGCUUGUCACGUCUACUCGAUUCUGGAUUUAGUGUCAGAGGCAUAACAUCCUAGCUGGGUAGGGACCGGGACAAGAGACAGCCUCAUUCUCACGACGGCUGCUUCGCCGGAAGGACACUUCGCCCAUCAUGUCCUCACACCGUCUUUUGACCAGACUUGUUCCCCGACAAACCUUCUCUCACACCACCACUCGUUUUUUCACCAAGCCAUCCUGCUCAUCACCACCAUGUCUCGGCAUCCGGCCCUCCCGCCAGUCCAAGGCCCUCACCAAGCCGCGCCUCCUCUCACUUGAGACUCUUCACAACUACCACACCACCAACCCCCUCCUCUCCCAACCCGAAAUUCCAACCACACCCACGAGCGCCACCCUCCCCACCUCGGCCGUACCCUCCUCCGACCCUCCUCUGCCUGAGUAUGUGCCCCCAACAACCGGUCUCCUCUCGCGCCUCCCCCCCUCCUGGGUUCCCUACGCCGAGCUAGCACGCCUCGACAAGCCCACGGGUUCUUAUUAUCUCUUCUUCCCCUGCCUCUUCAGCACCUUGUUGGCAGCUCCCCUCGCGGGACCCGCCUCGCCGGCCUCUGUCAUCGGCACCUCGCUCCUCUUCAUCUCGGGAGCCAUCAUCAUGCGCGGCGCCGGCUGCGCCGUCAAUGACCUUUGGGACCGCAACCUCGAUCCGCACGUGACGCGUACACGGCUGCGGCCCAUCGCGCGGAGGGCCAUCACGCCCUUCCAAGGCCUGGUAUUCACGGGGUCGCAGCUUCUGGCCGGGUUGGUGGUUUUGCUGCAGUUCCCCUUUGAGUGCUUUUGGUACGCAACGCCGAGCUUGCUUUUUGUGGCGUCUUAUCCGCUGGCGAAGCGGGUGACGUAUUACCCGCAGUUUGUGCUGGGCUUGACGUUCUCGUGGGGAGCCAUCAUGGGCUUUCCCGCACUGGGGGUGGACUUGUUGGCGAACCAGGCGGCGUUGACGGCGGCGGGCUGCUUGUAUACCAGCAACAUUGCGUGGACGGUGUUGUAUGAUAUGAUUUAUGCGCACAUGGACAUCAAGGAUGAUGCCAAGGCGGGCAUCAAGAGCAUUGCGCUCAAGCACGAUAAGGAGACGAAGCAGGUGUUGACAGGCUUGGCUGUUGCGCAAAUUGCGCUGCUCGCUGGGGCGGGCGCGGCGGUUGGUGCUGGACCGGCCUUCUUUAUCGGAAGCUGUGGUGGCGCGGCCUUGACGCUGGGUUACAUGAUCAAGAAGGUUAACUUGAAGAGUGUCAAGGACUGCUGGUGGUGGUUUGUCAAUGGCUGCUGGAUUACCGGCGGCGUCAUCAGCCUGGGAUUGGCGACUGACUAUCUGCUCAAGUAUUACGGCCAGGAGAAGCUUGAGAAGAAGCCGGAAGAGCUGGAGUCGGCCUGA